AUGGCGGCGGGAGUUGCGGCGUGGCUUCCCUUCGCCCGGGCAGCGGCCAUCGGCUGGAUGCCCGUGGCCAACCUGCCCAUGCCGGUGGCGCCCGCCGAGAAGAACAAGCGCCAGGAUGAGAUGAUCAUCCUCAACGUCAGCGGCCGGCGCUUCGAGACCUGGAGGAACACGCUAGACCGCUACCCGGACACCCUGCUGGGGAGCUCGGAGAAGGAGUUCUUCUACAACGAGGACACCAAGGAGUAUUUCUUCGACCGGGACCCCGACGUCUUCCGCAGCGUGCUCAACUUCUACCGCACGGGGAAGCUCCACUACCCUCGCUACGAAUGCAUCUCCUCCUACGACGAGGAGCUGGCCUUCUUCGGCAUCAUCUCGGAGAUCAUCGGCGACUGCUGCUACGAAGAGUACAAGGACCGGAAGAGGGAGAACGCCGAGCGCUUGAUGGACGACCAGGAGGACAACAAGGACGCCAAGCCGCCCAACAUGACCUUCCGGGAAGCCAUGUGGCGGGCUUUUGAGAACCCCCACACGUCCACCAUGGCGCUGGUCUUCUACUAUGUCACAGGCUUCUUCAUCGCGGUCUCCGUCAUCACCAACGUGGUGGAGACGGUGCCCUGCGGCUCGUCACCCAACCAGAAGGAGGUGCCGUGCGGCGAGCGCUACACCGUGGCCUUCUUCUGCAUGGACACGGCCUGCGUCAUGAUCUUCACCGUGGAGUACCUGAUGCGCCUGUUCGCCGCGCCCAGCCGCUACCGCUUCAUGCGGUCCGUCAUGAGCAUCAUUGACGUGGUGGCCAUCCUACCGUACUACAUCGGCCUGGUGAUGACCGACAACGAGGACGUGAGCGGCGCCUUUGUCACGCUGCGCGUCUUCCGCGUCUUCCGCAUCUUCAAGUUCUCGCGGCACUCGCAGGGCCUGAGGAUCCUGGGCUACACGCUGAAGAGCUGCGCGUCGGAGCUGGGCUUCCUGCUCUUCAGCCUCACCAUGGCCAUCAUCAUCUUCGCCACCGUCAUGUUCUACGCCGAGAAGGGCUCUAGCUCCAGCAAAUUCACCAGCAUCCCGGCCUCCUUCUGGUACACCAUCGUUACUAUGACAACGCUCGGGUACGGAGACAUGGUCCCGAAGACCAUCGCCGGGAAGAUCUUCGGCUCCAUCUGCUCACUGAGCGGCGUGCUGGUGAUCGCGCUGCCGGUGCCCGUCAUCGUGUCCAACUUCAGCCGCAUCUACCACCAGAACCAGAGGACGGACAAGCGGCGGGCGCAGAAAAAAGCUCGCUUGGCCAGGAUACGAAUAGCCAAGCAGGGAACCUCCAACGCCUUCCUGGACAGCAAGAAGAACGGCCUCUUCAACGAAGCCCUGGAGUUCACCAGCCCUGAGGAGGAGCAGCACUUACGUAAGACCACGUCUCUCCUGGAGAACCAGCACCACCACCUGCUUCACUGUCUGGAGAAAACCACCAACCAUGAGUUUGUGGACGAGCAGUAUUACCAGCAGAGCUACCUGGAGGCGGGGCUGCAGACUUACCCGUCUCGAAGCCCCUCCCUCUCCAGCCGAGAUGGCGCAACAGGCACGUGCUGCACCCGCCGCAGCAAGAAUCGCCACGCCCCCUUACAGAACGCAAGCGGCCCGCCACACAUGGAGCCUUUGACGCACCAACGGGGGCUGCAGGAGCUCAGCACCAUCCACAUCCUGCCCCUCAGCACCAGCCGCUCCAGUCUGAACGAGCCGGCCUCCCUGAACUGCCGGAUCACCACGGCCAUCAUCAGCAUCCCCACGCCGCCGGAGACCACCCCCGAGGGCGACGCCCACCUGCCCACAGGCCCCGCCCACCAGAACGUUGUGAAGGUGUCCGCACUGUGA